UUUGCUUCCAAGACAGUCUGCAAGAUGGCUAGCUAUCUUCAGUGGCAUGCUAACGUUAGCUAGCAAGCUAAUGUUAGCAUAGUAAACAACAGUUUUCAAAACAUGAUCGAUUGCUUUAUCUUUCAAAUGCUGUGACAAGUGAAAUUAAAUGCACAUUUCACAAAUGAAUGUAGAAAGAUAAACACAAUUUCGGUUAAUGUUCCGGUGUUAACGGCUACUGGGUGAAAUCUCAACGCUGCUAGCUAGCCACAUUGAGUAACGUGGCUAUCUAGUUAGCCAAGGUAGUAACUAGCUUGCAUUAGCUAGCUGGUCGAGUUCUUGGCUACACAUCUGUAAGUGAUCAUUUUUUUAGAGAGGGAGGUUGGGUGCUGUGUAACUUGCUUUUGCUGGCAGCCGAGCCAGAUAGCAAGCAACCACUAGUUAGUAGAAACUGGAUUGCAACAGGAUGAACUUGUGCUAAAAAAAAAACAACGUGAAACCAGCUCAAUUUUUACCUGACGUUUAUUUGGUGACCAAAUCCCGGCGUGACAGACACCGUGGCGAAAGAUUUGCAGCUGGAAAGGACUUUGAGGACCUGGGCCGGCGUUAUAAUAUAAUCUAGCUUCCCAUACGUGUUAGUUAUUGCUGUGAUGAUAACCAUUUUAGCGUUAUUGACAUGACCUGAAGGCAGAUUCCACCUACUCGGAUCAAAGCCUUCAAGACGUCGUCAUUUUUAACUUUUUUUUUCUUGCAUAUGAACGGUGAUAUGCCACUUCACCGACAGUCAUUUUAACUAAAUGGCUGCCGAAUCGGGGAGACUACUGGCGGGACAAGGAAAACGAAGCAAAGCUUCACAGAUGAAGAGCCCGGAGAAGAAGAAGGCAAGGAAAUCCACCUCUCAGGCGGCGGGGUUCUCCCACCUCACUGAGUUUGCACCUCCCCCAACCCCCAUGGUGGACCACCUGGUCGCCUCCAACCCCUUUGAUGAUGACUUUGGGCCUCCACCCCGACCUAGUGGGACAGGUGGACCAGGUAGUGCUCCAUUUCUUCCCAGCCCAGGUGCAGGCGGAGGAGGUGGGUAUGGAGGCGGAAGCAGAAUGGGCGGUGGCAUGGGCUUCAUGGGAGGCCCAGGAGGCGGGCAGCCUGGACGGAGGCCACCGUUCGGUCCUCCAUCCAAUGCUGGACCUCACCACCAGCUAGGCUUUGGAGGAAUGCCUGGCUUUGGAGGUGGCGGUGGGGGCGGCAGUGGGGGAGGAGGGGGUGGAGGUGGAUUCCCGCCUGGUGGCCCUUCUCAGUUCAAUAUGCCACCAAACUUCAGUCCACCCAUGCACCCUGUGCCAGGAUUCAAUCCCAUGUUGUCUCCAGGGGGUAUGGGAGGUCCCGGUGGAGGAGGACCACCCCACCCUCGGUUUGGCAUGCCUCCACAGCAGCAGCACGGACAGGGUGGACACCCAUUUAACAGCCCACCUUUGCCCGGUGGUGGAGGCCCCAGAGGGCCCCCGCAUGGCCCCUUGCCUCCCAUGGGAGGAGGCAUGGGUCCUGGGAUGAACAUGAUGGGUGGCAUGGGUGGUGGCCCUGGAGGAAACAUGGUGGGAGGGUUGCCAGGUAUGCCCCCUCAAGGACAGUUUCCUCCCUCACAAGAUGGCCCCUACCCUGGCCCCAGUCCGCCAGGACCAGGCAACGAUGAUGGAAAGAACUUUGGUGGAGGAGGUGCACCGCCUGGGCCCCAGCAGCAGCAGCAGCAGCAGCAGCAGCAGCAGCAGCAGCAGCAGCAGCAGCAGCAGCAGCAACAGCUUAACUUAAAUCCCAAUGGCCCCCCUCCAAACAAUACCACUCCUGGCCCUCCUCCUAACUCUGGCCCACCACAGUCAGGGGGAGGCUUCCCAGGCCACCCUGAUGUCCAGCAGCCCAACGCCAAUACACCUGGUCAGCCUCCUUCGGCACCACCCCAGCCCAACCCCAACUCUUCUCCUACUGGUCCCAUGAAUGGAUCAGGCCAGUCCCAGCAUCCACCACCCAGUCAGCUACAACCCCCCAGCAAUACAAACACCCCCAACUCUAACAGCUCUACCCAGCAGCAGCAAUCCACUCCACCUAAUUCUGCCCCAGGCUCCACCCCUUACAACCAACAGAACAACACUCCUGGUGCUGCUGGUACCAUGUCAAAUGCAGCCCCCAAUUCAGGUCAGAACAACAUGACCAACAACAACGGAGGCAACACUCCUGGCAGCAACCCUAAUCCCCCCUCUAACUCCACUUCCACCCCGAACACCCAGUCUCCCCUGCCCCCCGGUCCCGCUGCCCCUUCAGCUGGGCCUGGUUCUGGCCCUGGAAAACUCGGUGGCCCUGGAAUGGUCUUCCCUUGUGGCCUCUGUAUGGCGGAGGUGCAUGACGAUCAGGACGCCAUCCUGUGCGAGGCGUCGUGCCAACGUUGGUUCCACCGUGACUGCACGGGCCUGACAGAGCCAGCGUAUGGGCUGCUGACUCGAGAGAGCUCUGCUGUUUGGGCCUGUGACUUCUGCAUCAAGACCAAGGACAUCCAGGCUGUGUUUGUGCGCCAGGGAUUAGGCCAGCUGGUUGCAGCUAAUGAGAGUUGAGGAGUGGAUGACAAAACAGCAGCGCAGAGGUGCGACGCAUAGGGACAAAUAAAGACAUUGUUUGCUCUGAUCUAAUUGAAUGACCUGUGUGUCAUGUCAGAUACUUGCCCAGAUAUCUUUCUCUUGACUAGCCCUUUACUUGUUCACUACACAGAGAAACACACUCAUCGACAUUCAUGCUUAUCUAGCACUUUGAGUGACUCUAGGCAAUUGUUUACCCCCCCCAUCACGAUGAAUGUUAAAGUACACAAUCCUUCAAACAUCUAGCCUGCCAACCAGCAAAGCACUGACACCAACACACUACCUCGCACACUUUGUGACUGACUGGCACGGAGGCUCCUGCACUGACUGACUGGGAUUGACUCUCCACACUUGUGCACAACUUGAGUAUGAUGAUAUUUAACACAUACACAAAAACCCACGGUAGACGGGGAAAGUAAUGUUGAAAUAUUCCCCUACUGUGUACUGGUACAGUGAUUUAAAGCAUCAACGUUGUUCUCUGAUUUUCGUGGCUUUAGAUUCAAACAGACAUGAUAUAUGAAAUCUUUAAAAUGUAAAAAGAAAUAUUGAAAGAGUGCCUGGAAAUCUAAAAGGGACGUUCAUUAUUUGAUUCACAGCUUUAUUUGUCAUCAAAAUACUUAAUUUUAGCAGUACCCUAUCACAUUGUUAGCCACAGCAAGCAAGUGAAAGAAAAUGGGGAAAUACAUCAGUAUAUUGCAGUGUAAAAUCUCAAGCAUAUUGUGAAACAAAUAACUGUGGCAAAACAUCAAUUCAUGAGUUAUUUUUGUCAUUUCCCACACACAUACAUACAUAUACACACUUUGACCCUGUAUUUGUAAAUGUUGUUUUGUACCCAGUGCUGAUUAAUCCAAAGGAGACCCGGGCUGAGAUUUCAUCCACACCUCGCAGAGAGGAUUUUACCACCAAAAUGCUUGUAAAUAUUUGGACAAAACAUUUGUCAAGACAUCGGUUGUGAACAUGCCAGAGAGUUGACCAAUGAACAAAAUAAUAAGUUGAACUUAUGUGUCUUGGUUGUAGACAGUAUGACGUUUUUGGUUUUUAUACAGUACAUUUGAGUCAACAGUUUGUUUUUAUCUCUGCAGUACACAUGAAUUGUGAAAUCAGUGCUUUUGGAUGGUGUUGGCAUAGCAAGUAGUGACAUCAUGUCAUAUCAGAUGUGCAUAGUCCUUUUUGUUAUUAUUUUUUAAAGAGGGGAGGGGGUUGCAUGUGAACCAAUGCAGUAACUGUCUGAUCUGUUUAUGUUUAUAUUCUGGCCUCUGCACUGCAAGAGGCCUUGAAGUAGACCAAAUAACUUAUGAGCGAAAAAUACCCAUUUUUCACACUUCUGUCACGGUAUAAGGUGUUUAUAACUAUUCUUCCUCCUCUCUUUACUUAUUUUUCCUUACUGAAUGUCCGAGCUGCCUUUCUUUUCUUGCUCCCUCAGCUGUUCCUUUUUUGAUUUUGUACUGGUAUUUGUGCUGUGCUCUUGCUCUGCUCUGGCGCCUCCUGGUGUAACCUGGAGGAACCAGAAAGUCCCACACCAGGUGGGGAAGGGAAAGGUACUGAACUCUGAAGUAAAGACAGAUUUUUUUGUACUUGUCCAUGUCUGUUUUUAUUCACAUUUUUUUUAUUUGUUUGCUAAUUGUUGUAUUAAAAUGAAGGUUGGAAAACCUAAUGAAACAGA